AUGUCUGCAGUUCUAAUACAUCCUGGCAAGGAGUUUAAGCAGCGCCGAUCGCAUGAAAAGUCUAGAAAGGGUUGCAUACGGUGCAAGAAGCAGAGAAAGAAGUGCGAUGAGGCCCGCCCUACAUGUUCUCGCUGUCAGAAGCGGAAUCAUUGUUGCCAAUAUACUGUGCCAGACGAGCGCUAUGCUUCAGAAUCGAUACAUCCUAGCCCUGGACAAGCUUCAGAAUCGAUACAUCUCAGCCCUGGACAAGAUGAUAUGAUACCAGAAAUUCCAGAUUUGGGAUAUUUAGAUUUCGCUGAGGCCAGCCCAAGCAGCUCUGAGGCACAAUCUGAGGAUAUCCGUUCCGGAGAUUCGAGCAUAAUCCGCGCAGUACCAUAUGACCCCUCUGUAGCUCCAGAGGGGCCCCAGGCGUCUUUUUCUUUGAACUCUGAAGAGCUAGAGCUUUUAAGCCACUACAUCACGCACACAAGUCGCAUCAUUCCCUUCAAUGCCGAAGAGCUGCAUGCACUUCACGUAGGGAUCCCGAAUCUUGCGUUUGGAAGCAGACCAGUCAUGGGCUCAAUACUGGCACUCUCCGCAGUUUGCAAGUGUUACGACAUCGUGAGGCACUCUCCAGCGCCUCUGGAGAGAAUAGAAGAUAUCAAAAGGCUUCUUUUUCUAGCAGAUGAACAUCACAGAAGUUCACUCGGCCAGAUACAGGCAGCGAUCUACGGCGAUCAUGUUGACACAGUUUUGGCUAAUGCUGCGCUGAUGGUACUGUAUGCAUUGUCUGGUCAUUGUGUCCGGGUAUUGUUAGCCAAGAAAGCAAUGCGAGGAGGGAGAACAUUAUCUAAUGAGAUAUUGCCAUUGCAGUCUCAGUGGAUAACCUCCAUUCGUGCCGCAUAUGUCGCAUAUGUUGGUCUACAAAACAGUGCAUCCCAAGACUUGAUAGACGACUUGUCCAGCCCACCCGCAGCUACAAGUGAUGAUGCUGUUUUGCACAAAACCACCCUGCUAGGCGAUGACUUAUACACCCCCGAAGAUGGUCCAUCAGAAGGUACGAGGAAUUUACUGCUGCCGAUCGUAUCGGCCACAUACAGGACUGCCUUGGAAAAACUCAAUGCACAGGCUCGAAUUGUCUGGAUUGACCAAUGCGAUUCGAACUUCCAGGCACCAAAAGUCGUCGAUUCUGGGCUUCAAGCAUGCCUUACGUCUCUUGAACUUUUGGAGGAGCUUUUCAAUAAAGUAUUUGCCAGCCACCAGCCAAGUCCUGAGCCCUCUCAAUCGGAAUUUGCUUCAUCGGCCUUUCACCUAGGCAAACUUGAAAGAGCCUCUCCAUGGCUGCGGAAAUACUUGGCUAACGUCACCUCUGCCAUACCAUCUAAACUGUGGAGACGGACAAUUACGGCUUUCCUGAAUCACGUACCACUUGAGUAUCUGCAGCUCGUUCAAUCAGCCCUUGAUCAUAUGCCAGUGGCGGUAAAUCAAGCUGAUUCCACUUCAACCGACAAGAGUGCGUUGCUUGGUACAACACAACAGCUAGCAAUAAAUAUCUUUGCCCACUGGCUGGUCCUUGUUAUGCUUUUAGAUGGCGUGUGGUGGAUCGGUGGUAUCGGACAGUGGGAGCUGGGGCGAAUACUGUCAUUUACAGAGGCUCAAGGGUGGAUUACCGAAUAUAGAGGCACAGGCGAGACAUGGUGGCCAGAAAGCAUGUUUGCUGUUCAAAAAGCGAUUGCGGAACCUAUAGAGUAA